AUGCUGAAAUCUAUCUCUCUAGAUCCAGUGCUAUAUAACAACUAUAGAAAAUGUAUGUCAGAAUACAAAUCCUUGGGUCAGACGUCUGAGACAGAGUCACCUGUAGACUACUACAUCCCACACCAUUCUUUGUAUAAGGCUGAUGGAGAUAUUGAUAAUGAAAAGUUGAGAGUGGUGUUUGAUGCUUCAGCUCGUUGCCGAUCGGGUACUUCACUUAACGAGUGCCUUUAUGUUGGCCCAAAAUUACAUCAGGACAUAGAGGACGUUCUGACUGGAUUCAGGGUUCAUUGCGUUGCCUUUACUACAGAUAAUUUCAAAAUGUAUCGCCACAUUUGGGUGCUUGAAAAAUGCAUGUGGUUAUCAGCAUACUCUGGAAAGAUUCUCCACAACUUCAGAUGCGAGAACACACUUUGA